CCCAGAGGAUGCGAGGAAUUAUCAAGCUUGGCAUUCAAGGGCUAGGGGUCCACUACAAGGACUGAGCCUAUAAUUGGGGAGGUUUCCCUGUAUAGGAUUGUAUGAUAACGACGUUUUUGUUUCCUGGCCGAAAAACGCAAAGCACAUUCGUUACAUUCAUAUUCCUUUCUUCAUCGUUUUAUUUACCUCCCUUCCCAACACCGAGUCUACCACCAGCCUAUGAUGCAGUGGACGAGCUUUCUUUGCCCUCUGAUCGCCUUGCACGCUGGCCUUGGCGCUGCUUGGGGCACCCAUGUCAAGCGGGGAUCGGAGACCAAUGCCACUUUGUUGGCCUACGGACAGAAUUCUUCCGCUUAUCCCAUCGCUUACGGGCUCAGUGAUGGCCUCCUGUACAUCGCCCAAAAUCCGGAGAACACUGCAGCAGACCUGACGCCCAUGUAUUGGGACCUGCCCUCCAUCACGGACGACUGCUGGAUCGUGAACGGCACGUUCAUGAACGGGACUCGUGCGGGUUCCCUGUACAUCCGACCGGAAAGCGACAACUGCCUCGGCGUGCUACCUUUUGCCCAGGCUAAAGGGGUAAAUGGUGUUGUCACGGGCUUUGGCCUCUUUGCAUCGCAGCUGGUCUACAACAAUAAUACCCAGCUGGAAGCACAAUUCUGGGCGGCAAAGACGGACACUGAAAAUGUCUACAAGCUGGUGUGGGUGGAGGACUCUGCCCAACUUGCGAGCGAAAGCUUUCCUGUGGUGGUGAAGGCAUCCGAGGACUCGACUUGAGGUAAAUAAGCAACCCAUGGUGGUGUGGCUCGGAUUGUAAGGGGUGGUGCUCCGGGCAUCAUGUUGUUCAUGGUCAUUGCGUGGUGGCACAUCUGUCAUUCGUUGAAAUUCUAUUACUAUCCUUAACUAUCAUUAAUC